AUGUCCAAGAUCCAGAAGAGACAAACGAUCCGCCAAAGCGUGUCGUACCCUGCGGGGACGGCAUUUGCUUACAAGAUCCCCGAGGGAUAUUUUGGCAAUCUGACUGAAGAGCAAGAGGCCAAGGUUCGAGCCAUGUGGGCUAUUGGGUUCAAAUUCAUCGAAAUUUGCGAGGCAGAGGAAGACGCCGACAAGGAGAAAACAUUAGAGGAGAAAUAUGUCCCACCCGCGAAGCAGUCUAGAAGGUUACCACAAGGCACAAGUGAGACGCAUCAGAAGUAUCCAAUGCUGGUCAAUGAGAUUUUGUCGUUGUUGCCGACCACUGAACAUAACCUUGAAAAGCUCGCUCGACAAGCCGUUGAGGCGCUGGACCAUUGGACACCCGAGAUGUAUCGAUUGAUUGUUUUGCGAGUCGUUAAGCAUGAGCACCCUGAUGCGCUUGCGCUCCGUUUCCUCCGCGCAAGCAAGUGGGAUAUCAUCAAAGCAAUGACUAUGAUGGGCCAGACAAUCUAUUGGAGGACCAUUGAAGCAGGAGUAGAUGACGACAUCUUGAGGCACGGCGAAGGAGGCGCUGCGGAAGAUGAGAAAAACAAUCGAGGCAUUGCGAGGGCUCUAGGCGCCGAUUUCAUGAAGCAAGCUCGAUGGGGCAAAAGCUUCAUUCACGGAGUUGACAGAGCCGGUCGCCCAAUCACCCACAUUAGAGUUCGACUGCACAGAUCGUCCGAUCAGUCUGUCCAGAGCUUGGAGAGAUACACACUGUAUCUUCUGGAGCUGGCGCGUCUGUCGUUAAGACACCCGAUUGAGACUGGGACAAUCUUACUGGAUCUAUCUGGCUUCAAAUUUGCCAAUUUUGAUCUGACUCCGUUGAAGUUCAUCCUCAAGCAGUCUGAGACGAAUUAUCCGGGUUCACUUGGACUCAUUCUCAUUCAUAAUGCUCCCUUUGGUCUCAAGACAAUAUGGAGACUACUUCGGGUCUGGCUCGAUAAAGAGCUUACAAGCAAAGUAAAGUUCACUUACGGCAAGAAAGGGUUACGAAGGUGGAUUGCGCCCGACCAAAUGAUCAAGGAGCUAGGAGGUGACGAGGACUGGGAGUACACCUAUGACGAGCCACUGCCGGACGAGAAUAUCCAGAUGAAAGAUACAGAGACACGAGACCGCCUGUUAGAAGAAAGGCGAUUGCUAUCGUUGCGGUUUGAGGAUUUGACAAAGGAGUGGGUCAUGAAUGCCCAGCUGAGCGAAAAAGCGAGGGAGAUUUGCGAAAGGAGGAACAAGUGCGUGGAGGAUCUCGCGGACAACUACUGGAGGCUGGAUCCCUAUGUACGGGCUCGAUCUAUUUACGACCGACAGGGUUACUUCCGUGGUGCAGAUGGUGUGGAAUGGUACCCUGCGAAGGCAGAGGAGGAUUCGUUACGGGAGAUGAUGGAGAAAGUCAAAUCCAUUGACAGCUGCGGCGCAAGCCAUUACGAAGGCGUAAGCGACACGGGGGACGAAUCAUGCUACGAGAGUGAUUGA